AAGUAAUAAAAAGCUGGACACUUCUGUCAUUCGGACAUUUUUACUCACAAGUUCCCAGAAUGAGGGCUGUGCUGGAGACAGCAGACAUUGCCAUAGUGGCCCUGUAUUUUGUCCUGGUCAUGUGCAUUGGUUUCUUUGCCAUGUGGAAAUCUAAUAGAAGCACUGUGAGUGGAUACUUCCUGGCCGGGCGCUCUAUGACCUGGGUGGCCAUUGGUGCCUCUCUGUUUGUGAGCAAUAUUGGGAGUGAACACUUCAUUGGGCUGGCAGGAUCUGGAGCAGCCAGUGGAUUUGCAGUGGGCGCAUGGGAGUUCAAUGCCUUGCUGCUCUUGCAACUUCUGGGAUGGGUUUUCAUCCCUAUUUACAUCCGCUCAGGGGUGUACACCAUGCCUGAAUAUUUGUCCAAGAGGUUCGGUGGCCAUAGGAUUCAGGUCUAUUUUGCGGCCUUGUCCCUGCUCCUCUAUAUCUUCACCAAGCUCUCGGUGGAUCUGUACUCAGGGGCCCUCUUUAUCCAGGAGUCCUUGGGUUGGAACCUUUAUGUGUCUGUCAUCCUGCUCAUUGGCAUGACUGCUCUGCUGACCGUCACUGGAGGCCUUGUUGCAGUGAUCUACACAGACACUCUCCAGGCUCUGCUCAUGAUCAUUGGGGCACUGACACUUAUGGUUAUUAGCAUGAUGAAGGUUGGAGGGUUUGAGGAAGUUAAGAGAAGGUACAUGUUGGCCUCACCCAAUGUUGCUUCCAUUUUGUUGACACACAACCUUUCCAACACAAAUUCUUGUAUGGUGCAUCCUAAGGCAGAUGCCCUAAAGAUGUUGAGAGAUCCAACAGAUGAAGACGUCCCAUGGCCUGGAUUCAUUCUUGGGCAGACCCCAGCCUCGGUAUGGUACUGGUGUGCUGACCAAGUCAUCGUGCAGAGGGUUCUAGCAGCCAAAAACAUUGCUCAUGCCAAAGGUUCUACUCUGAUGGCUGGCUUCUUGAAGCUCCUACCAAUGUUUAUCAUAGUCGUACCCGGAAUGAUUUCCAGGAUACUGUUUGUUGAUGAUAUAGCUUGCAUCAACCCAGAACACUGCAUGCAAGUGUGUGGAAGCAGAGCUGGGUGCUCCAAUAUUGCUUACCCACGCCUGGUGAUGGAGUUGGUUCCCGUGGGCCUUCGGGGCCUGAUGAUGGCAGUGAUGAUUGCAGCUCUGAUGAGCGACUUGGACUCCAUCUUUAACAGCGCCAGUACCAUAUUCACCCUCGAUGUGUACAAGCUUCUCCGCAACAAUGCAAGCUCGCGGGAACUGAUGAUUGUGGGCAGGAUAUUUGUGGCUUUUAUGGUUGUCAUCAGCAUAGCAUGGGUGCCAAUUAUUGUGGAGAUGCAAGGAGGCCAAAUGUACCUUUAUAUCCAGGAGGUGGCGGAUUAUCUGACCCCUCCGGUGGCGGCCCUCUUCCUUCUGGCAAUUUUCUGGAAACGUUGCAAUGAGCAAGGGGCUUUCUAUGGUGGAAUGGCAGGUUUUGUUCUUGGAGCUAUCCGUUUGAUACUGGCUUUCACCUACCGUGCUCCUGAGUGUGACCAACCUGAUAACAGGCCCAGCUUCAUCAAAGACAUCCAUUAUAUGUAUGUGGCUACAGCAUUAUUUUGGAUCACAGGACUCAUUACUGUAAUUGUUAGUCUUCUCACACCACCUCCCACGAAGGAUCAGAUUCGUACCACUACCUUUUGGUCAAAAAAGACUGUGGUGACGAAGGAGAGUUGCUCUCAGAAAGACGAACCAUAUAAAAUGCAAGAGAAGAGUAUUCUGCGAUGCAGUGAGAAUAGUGAAGUCGUCAGCCACACUAUUCCCAAUGGGAAGUCUGAAGACAGCAUUAAGGGGCUCCAACCUGAAGACGUUAAUCUGCUGGUGACAUGCCGAGAGGAGGGCAACCCAGUGGCUUCCAUGGGUCAUUCAGAAGCAGAAACACCAGUAGAUGCUUAUUCCAAUGGGCAAGCAGCUCUCAUGGGUGAGAGAGCGCGAGAGAAGGAAACAGAAAGUAGAAGCCGGUAUUGGAAGUUCAUAGACUGGUUUUGUGGCUUUAAAAGUAGAAGCCUGAGCAAGAGGAGCCUCAGAGACUCGAUGGACGAGGAGGCCGUUUGUUUGCAGAUGUUAGAGGAGACCCCACGAGUCAGAGUGAUCCUAAACAUUGGACUUUUUGCUGUGUGUUCACUCGGGAUUUUCAUGUUUGUUUAUUUCUCCUUAUGAACUUAUGGAUAUGGUGAGAUACUUAAAAAAAAAACAAAACAAAACAUGGUCUUUGAAAACAAAAAUGUAACUGCUGCAGCUCUCAGGCAUUGUUUACGCUGAAGGUUUUAGCCAAAUUCUACUUAGCAGAAAAAUCAUCUAUUUGCAAGACUAUUUUCCCAGAGAUGGAGGAAAAGUAAAUCUGCAACUUAUCUGAAACAAAGCAGAAUGAAUUGUGCAAAAAAAAAAAAA